AACUGAUCAUUUUCAGCCAUAUUAUAUUCUCCAAAAUCUUAUAACAUUUAAGCAAAGAAAUGACGAGGAUAUAUCUCAUGUGUGAGCAAGUGUUUUCGACGGCGGAAAAGUUAACGUAACGAUCAGCGUUACGUAAACAUCAGUAUGAUUUUCGCAAUAAUUUCACGUUGAUAAUGGUGCCAUAAGACAUAUAAUAAUAAAUAUAACCUCAAACAUGUUGUCGGAGGUCGAUGUAUUCAUUAGUAAUUAUACGCUAGUAGAUCCUGAAAUUUACCAGCUUUGGGUUGAUGGUCAUUCCUCCAAUGACGCAGUCAGUAUUUUACACCAGCGAGGGAUUUGCCAGCAGACCGAUGCACCACUCGAAUUAGUUGCAUCUGACAUACUGGAUCACUAUCGCACUUAUGCUCUUUUAGAGAAGCUAUUGCAUACACCGACAAAGCUUGUUAGUGAACAACUGGCAUUUCAGAUUGAACCACAGACUAGUCAAAUGCUCAUAGAGAUGUAUUAUGAAUUUGACGACGUAGUGAUACGUGAAUUAUUGGGGAAAAAGAUAACAUCUAAGAGUAGAAAGGAUAUGGAUGAAGUAGCAGAGAAGACAGGAAUUACAUUAAAGAGUUGUCGAAGACAAUAUGACAAUGUGAAGAGAGUGUUCAAAGUAGUCGAAGACUUGCCAGGAUCUCUAGCAGCCAAUAUCAAACAACACUUUUUACUGUCUGAUGACCUUGCUAAACGAUACGCAGUGGUAGUAUUCAUAGCUUGUUUACGAUUUGAAAUGAACAAAAGAAAACUGCAGUUUCUGACAUUUCCCGACCUAUAUCACUGCGCUAAUAGUAUGAUGGCAUCGUGGACAUAUCGUUGCGUCGGGUCGGACUAUUUUGACACUGAUUUGGACCGGGAAUUUUUACAGGAAUUAUCAGAAUGCAGAGUACUCUUGGAAAACGACAAACAUCACAAACAUUUGGUGUGCAUUAAACUCAAACCGAUGCUCCUCGAACGAUCUUAUCAAGAAUUAGACAUGAACUUUCGUUCGUAUUCAAGAGCGAUACUGGGAAUUGGUUGCAACCUGCAUAGAUCGCGGGAGUUGAGAUUUUUCUUUCUGGAGCUAGUAGAGAGAUGCAUAGAGCCUUGGCGACAAGUCAAUUGGACGCAUUCCGAUCUCCGGAAUUUCUUAGCUGUUUAUACACAGUGCGCCCUUGACAUGGAUGUGCUCAGAGAGGGAGAAUUGAGAGACGCGUUUGAACGUUACAUGACUGUAGUGACAUGCUGCCUUUUGCGUAUGUAUCAUACUUGAUUACUAAUAUAUGUGUAAAACAUUAUAUUUAGGAGUAAAUAAAAGUUAAAACUGAUAAA